AUGACGCCUCUGUCGUUGAUAGUAAGCGUCUCAUCGUGCGGGGCAGCUUUUGCUCUAUUAGCCGCUACAAUCUUUCUGCCACAACUUUAUUGGGACAUGGCUGAUCUUCAAAUGGAAAUAAGCGGAGCUGUUGAACAGUUUAAGGCUGAUACUGAUUCUUCAUGGUCCGAGCUUAUGGAUCUCCAAUUCGUCUAUGUUCCAUCUGCAUCUAAAGCUUCUAAUCCUCGAGAAAAUCCAUUGCUCAGACGCGAGAAACGUUUUGCUGAACUACCAGAUUGGUGUCAAUGUGAUUCCAUGCCUCAGUGCCCACCUGGACCACCUGGUCCACCAGGAUCUCCCGGAGAGCCAGGAACUCCUGGACUUCCAGGGCCCCGUGGACUUGACAAUGUUGAUACAAGCUACUCUGUUUCAUGCAAUCCACCUGAACCAGGAUGUAUUUCCUGCCCAGCCGGACUCCCAGGACCAAAAGGACCUGAUGGGCCACCAGGACAGCGGGGAGUUGAUGGGCACCCAGGAGCCCCUGGAAUACCUUCUGCAGAACAUGGAGCACCAGGAGCACAAGGACCUCCAGGAGAUGCUGGCUCACCUGGUUCCCCUGGUAACGAUGGUGCACCUGGUCUUCCAGGAAAAGAUGGAACUGUUUACAAGAAAUCUCCCGGACCUAGAGGAAAUCCUGGACCUAUCGGACCAAAAGGAAACGAUGGAGAACCAGGCUCUGAUGGAGCUGUUGGAAAACCAGGUCCACAAGGAGCUGCGGGUGAACCAGGUCUACAAGGCCAAGUUGGAAACCCAGGUUUACAAGGAAAAGAAGGUGAGGCAGGCUUCCCUGGACACGAUGCUGAGUAUUGCCCAUGUCCUCCACGUUCUCUUUUAUAUCUUCGCCGAGCUGUUUGA